UUUGACCAAUCGUGGUAGAGCUUAUUGAAAGCCAAUACGGAGUCGUGUUUCUCACACGUUGUUUUCGGAUUGCGCGUGCGUGCCUUUCCAGGAGGUACACAAGGCAAAUAAUCUGUGAAAAAAGGAGAAUCGAAUAUGGAUCCUCAAAAAGAUCUGCCACCGCCUAAACAGCAACCCAUGAUUUACAUAUGCGGAGAAUGUCACACAGAGAACGAAAUCAAAGCCAGAGAUCCCAUCAGAUGUAGGGAGUGCGGUUACAGAAUAAUGUACAAGAAAAGAACAAAAAGAUUGGUCGUGUUUGAUGCCCGGUGAACCCUCCCAAUCCAUGGACAUAACUUUCCCCGCUCACUUUUAUUUUGAUCGUUCAGUUUCGUAAAUAUUUCUUGUUUCGUACUUUGGGAAUAAAAAAUGCUGUUAAAAUGCC